AUGGCAAACGAGUCUGCAGACUUGCCCGUAUGCGACAUCGCCGUGAGCUUAUCGAUGCUGGAAUUUCUGGAGUUCGGCACAUCCAGCUCUUCGUCGCUCCGGAACGAUCGUCUCAUGCCAAUGGCCCUCUCGCCAGAUAAUGUCGUUGUAGUAUUCGUUCAAGUUGACCUGCCAGAUGAGAUGCUGGGUCCGCGGGGUCUGAUGGUCGGAUUCAUCAACAUGGAUGAUUUUUUGGCUUCGUUCUAUGCAAUCGUAGUAGCUCUGGAUUAUGGUUCGGACUUUUUCUGCUCGUUUCCUAGAGAUUUGGAGACUUUUGUUGUGGUGGUCCAGAACGCCUUCUUUCUGGAGCACGUUGAGCUUUGGUUUUGGAUCGUUUAUUUGGUCCGUAUCGAGCUUCAAUUCCUGGAUCAGGCUCUUCCGGGUAUUAACCCGCUUUACGAGCUGGAAAUCGGUACUUACAAACAGUCCGGCGACGGGAAACCAAAGUUCCCUUUGGAAAUCAAAGAAUUACAGCAAUUCAUCGUUAACUCCUCUCUAGACAUCUUGGAAGAUCAACAGUUCAAAAACAACCAAAUCUUCACCAAAAACCUCGACUCCUUUUACGGAUACCAAAUAUACAGCUAUCUCACUCAGGGAAACAUCAAAUUCCUGAUCUCCACUAACACAAAAAACCAGGACGAGAGUAUCCGCCAAUUUUUGAUUGAAGUCAACGAAUUGUACGUGAAAAACCUCCUCAGCCCCUUCUACAACGUCAAUGACCCGAUCCGCAGCAUCGGGUUCGACUCCAGAGUCUGCUCGCUCGCCAGAAAAUACCUAUAA